CUCGUCUCAGGCUUGAGCUCACUGGAAAGUCAUCAACAACAAUUCGCGAAAUCAAUUGUCAACCAUCGUAUCUCAUCAGAUAAAUCGCGAUUUUCAUCAUGGCGACUGGCGCUCAUGGGAAGGACUCUUCGGGUGCGUCGCCUGCACCGAAGGUGAAGGGUUUGGCCACUAUUGAUACUUUGAGGUGAGUUUUUGGCGCUUUUGCGACCGCAUGCGAUGGGUCUGAUGUGACUGACUCCUUUUAGUGUAGGCUGUUUGGCGAUGGUUGAGAAAGUGAGUUACCACCAUUUUUGGAUUUUUAUAUUCACUCAUCCCCUUUUCAUUUCUGAUGAAAUAUAUCUCACUCGGUUUAUAUAAACUUGAUCAAUAUUGAUACAAUACAUUCCUGCUCAUCCUCUUCAUGUCUAGAUUGAUGCUAACACAUAUUAAUAGGAUGGUCAACCAAGAAGAGCAGAAAUCCUAAGCAUAAAAGAAACAAAAAGUGGUCGUCAAUUCUACUGCAACUUCGACAACUUCAACAAGCGUCUAGAUGAAUGGGUGCCAGCUGUUAGAAUUGAUUUCAGUCAAGAAGUCGAAUGGCUAAGUCCAGAGAAACCCAAAGAGACAAAGAAAGCUACAGUCCCCGUUGCAAAAAAGACAACUACCACCAACAAGAAAGCUCAGAAACGACCAACCGCUUCGGCAACAAGAGAGGCUUCAAUUGCUUCUGAAGGGGGAACUCCACAUCCCUGGACUGAAUUUAACUCUCAGAAGGCUACUCCUGAUGCCGAGGGAGAUAUAACUCUUGCUCUGGACCUGGAUGCGACACCUGGUGCUGAUGAAGAUGCCAUGGAUGUGGAUGAGGCCGUGGCUGAGGCGGUUGCAUCAAAAUCUCAAGCUCCAGAGUACUUUGAUAACAAGCAAGAGAAAGAAAAGUUACGGCACGGAGGAUCCAUGACACAAAAUCAGGCCGAGAUCUCAAGAAUCAGAAACAUCUCCAAAGUACAAUUCGGAAAAUUCGAACUCUUUCCCUGGUAUUUCUCUCCCUACCCCGAAGUCUUCACCCAGGAAGAUCUGAUGUAUAUUUGCGAAUUCUGUCUCUGCUACUACGGAGAUCUAAAAUCCUUCUCCCGCCAUCGUCAAAAGUGCACCUUACAACAUCCCCCAGGAAACGAAAUCUACCGCGACGACUACGUCUCCUUCUUCGAAAUCGACGGCCGUAGACAACGAACCUGGUGUCGAAAUCUGUGUCUGCUAUCCAAGAUGUUCCUUGAUCACAAAACGCUCUACUACGAUGUAGACCCAUUCCUGUUUUACGUCAUGGCCGCUAAAGACGAGAAAGGCUUCCACCUCGUCGGCUACUUCUCCAAAGAAAAGGAAAGUGCCGAUAACUACAACGUAGCCUGUAUUCUCACCCUGCCCCAAUACCAACGUAAAGGUUACGGACGCCUGCUCAUCCAAUUCUCCUACGAGCUCUCAAAAAUCGAAGGGAAACUGGGGUCCCCCGAAAAGCCACUUUCCGAUCUCGGUCUUCUAUCCUAUCGUCAAUACUGGACUGAAAAUCUCGUCGAGAUCUUAUUGGAGUACAACGAGCGAGAUGAACGAUGCAGCAUCGAGAACUUGGCAAGCCAGUUGGCGAUGACUACUAAUGAUGUGGAGGGCACCCUUCAAGCACUUAAAAUGCAGGUUUAUCAUAAAGCCGAACAUAAGAUUGUUCUUCCGCUUCAUCUGAUCAAGAGGCAUGAGGCGCUCAAGGAGAGGUUCAAGGUGAGGCCGAAGAGGGUUAUUGAUCCUGAGAGGAUCCAGUGGAAGCCGCCGGUCUUUCCGCCGAGUACUAGGACUUGGGCGUGGUAGGUUCUGGCUGAGGGGAUAGUGUUGGUUUUUGGCAGGUGUAUGGGGGGGUGUCGCGAGGGUUGUUCUCUGGAGCUGGAUGUGGUGGUGGAGGUUAUUCGUGCUUUGUUUUCAAGAAGCGAUGGUGUUUAUCUGUAGACAGGGAUUUGGGGUUGGCGUUGGAGGUGCAAUUGAUAUUUACCAAUCCACGUUAUCUAAUAGAAAAAUAAGAAUGACAAUUUGAACCCAGGACAAGG